AUGGCGGAUGCGAAUUAUUUUACUUGUACGCUUGGUGAAGCUGCAAGAUUGAAGCGAAAGGACGACAAGGCCAAAACAUGGACGACAGUAGUGGAGUUGAUAGAUGAUCAGGCUGAGAAGAAUUCUGAUGCACCGGCUUUGGGUUUCGCUACAUUUACGCAUUUGAAGUCAACCCAAGUGUUCCGUCAUCUCCUGACAUUUCGACAUCUCUCAGACGCAUCAAAACAUGCCGCCAAGAUACUUUCGACUCAUCUACCGAAGGAACCCGAGUCCUUGAAAAUAGGCAUUCUAUCAUCUAGUAACACCGAAUUUGUUUUGACAUGGCUUGGUUUGAUGCGCCUGGGUUAUACUGUUUUGCUUCUUGCGCCUCAAUUGGCGCCGCCAGCGGUUCAACAUCUUUGCGAGACUCUAGACAUAAGACAUGUUUUCGUUGACGACAUUUACGAGUACAGAGCUCGCGGGCUCUCCAGCGACAUCGAGAUCAUCAGAAUACCUUCAUAUAGGGAGGAUUCACCAGCAGAUAAUAAUUUGGAACAAACCCCCGGUGUUUCUGAAACCGCAUACAUAUGUCACACUUCGGGAACCUCAUCAGGGCUACCCAAACAAAUUCCCCAAACGCAGUUCGGGGUUAUGGGGGCGCUGUACAGCUUCCCUGGGAAGAACAAACCAGCAACCUUUUCCACAACUCCCCUCUACCACGGAGGAUUUCCAGAUUGUCUAAGAGCUUGGACCAGCGGUGCUUCGAUAUGGUUCUUCCCUGAGGGACAGGCUCCCAUCACAGGCGCCAAUAUCAUCAGAGCUAUCGAGUUUGCACGCGCGCACAGUCCAAUACCCGUCAAGUACUUCUCGUCAGUUCCAUAUGUGCUUCAGAUGCUGUCUGAAGAGUAUGGAGGCAUCGAAAUUCUUCAGACAAUGGAACUCGUUGGUGUCGGCGGCGCUGCUCUCCCACCAGCCAUAGGCGAUAAGCUCGUGGAAGAAGGCGUGAAUCUCCUCUCGCGCAUGGGAAGUGCAGAAUGCGGAUUUCUGAUGUCUUCGCAUAGGGAUUACGACAAAGACAAGGACUGGCAAUUCCUCCGGGCCAUUGAUGAUCCAAAGCUUAUUGAGUUCGAAAAUCGCGAGAAUGGACUCUCGGAACUUGUUGUGAAGCCCGGUUGGCCUUUCUUGAUCAAGACGAAUCGUGAAGAUGGAUCAUACGCGACUUCUGACCUUUUUGAACAACAUCCAUCGAUCCCAACUGCGUGGCGGUAUCACAGUAGAGCUGAUGCACAGAUCACUCUUGCGAAUGGAAAGAAGUUUGAUCCUUCGCCUAUCGAGGGGAGCAUACUGGCUUCUUCAAAACUGUUGCAGGAUGUUCUCAUCUUUGGAAGUGGAAGAGACUACGCUGGGGCACUUUUGUUUCCUUCUUCGAGCGACAUCAGUGCGGACGAAGUGAUCGAUUCAGUCUGGCCACAUAUCGAUAAGUUGAACGCGGAUAGUCAAACCCAUACUCGAAUUAACAAGACAAUGCUGGUAGUUGUCCCCGUCAAGGAGGGGCAGAAGCCGCUGGAGAAGAGCAGCAAGGGGACUAUCCUUCGUCGGCAAGCUGAAGAGAAGUACUCAGGUGAGAUUGAAGGGGCUUACAGCAACACAUCAUCUUCGAAGAAGGUUCCUCAAGAGGGGCUUCAAAAGGCAGUUCAAGAUUGCUUCGAGAAGGUCCUCGGCCGGCAAGUCGAACCAGAUCAAGACUUGUAUCGUCAGGGCGUCGACUCGAUCUCCUGCAUACAAAUCCGAAAGUUGCUCGAACAGGCUUGUCUAUCAUCUGAAUCUGAGGAUAACCGGCUUCCUCUGAAUGUCAUCUACGAUCAAGGCACCGUCAAUUCACUUGUUGACUAUUUGGAAACAGCGAAUUCAGGCGGCAACGAACCGGAUGUCGACCCCGAUGAGUCGGAACUCAGCCUCAUGCAAGCUCUUGCUGAUAAGUACAGCAAUUUUGAUCCAGCCUCACAUGAUAGCAGCGAUAUGGUAGGAUCAGGAGCAUCUUCUUCGAGCAGUGGUGCCAAAACUCAAGCACAACAAAAUCGCGAAGCAUUAGAGGAAAAGAAACGGCUGGCCCAGAUGGCUAUGAAGAUCGCCCAAGACCCCAAUGAUCGCCCCACGCGCGUGGUCCUCACCGGCGCGACUGGGUUCCUUGGGGCGCAUAUCCUUCACCUUCUCCGGGAUGAUCCAAAGGUUAACAGGAUCUACUGUCUGCUCCGAGCUGACGGUCCAUUCGCGGCCCAGAAACGAGUCUCUGAAGGCCUCUUCCAGCGAUUUCUGCCACCUCUAGAACCACGCCAGGGUAAAGUCGUCUGUCUUCCGUGCGAUUUAACACAAAGAGACCUUGGACUCUCCGAAGAGCAGCUUCGGGAGAUUUCGACGAGUGCUACGAAGAUCAUUCACUCAGCUUGGGCGGUCAACUUUAGUCUUCGACUCAACUCUUUCGAGGAUCAAAUCUCGAGUACUAAGAAUUUGAUCAACCUCGCUGUGGAGGCUGAUGCACAGUUCGUUUUUGUCAGCUCCAUUGCAGCGGUGAGCGACUCUACUGCUCGACCGAUUCCUGAGAAGCUCUCCCAGGAUCCUAAAGAGGCUUCACCACUUGGCUACUCACGCUCCAAGUGGGCAGCAGAGCAGAUUUGUGAUGCAGCGAACAAGAAACACGACUCUCCUCUGGCCUCCAUUGUUAGGGUUGGCCAGCUUUGCAGCAAUGAAACUGGAGUCUGGAAUUCCACUGAGGCAUAUCCGUUACUGCUCUCAACAUCAAAGAUCACAGGAUGUCUGCCUGAUCUUGCAAACGAAGUGCUCAAUUGGCUUCCAGUCGAGCAAGCUGCCCAAGCUGUUGUCGAGGUUGCAUCCACGAGCUCCAAUGACUCGAGGACACCUGUUUACCACGUCUUGAAUCCACAUACCACGCCAAUCUGGAAAGACAUGCUUGACUGGUUAGCCGCCAGUAACGAGGGUCCCGAGUUCGAGAUCGUCUCAUCGUCGGAGUGGCUUGAGCGAUUGGAGAAGGCGUUGAGCGACGACAGUGCCAAUCAUCCGUCACAAGCUCUCCUAGGUCUAUGGAAGCAGUCAUAUUCCAAGGAUAUGGAUAAUAGCAGUACAAGGGAGGAUCAGGAGGGUUCCUUAUUUGAUCUUGCUCAAACACAGAAGGUCUCUGCUUCAAUACGGGACGUUAAGCCACUGACUCGCGAGAGACUGAUCAAGACUUGGAAGUGGGUGAACGAGAACAUUAAGGGCUGA